CUGUGGAAAAGCAGGUGUGAUUCAUGAAUAAACUAUAGUUUGCAACCUUAUGGGAUACUGAUGAAACAAAUAGAAUUUUCACAGACAUGGAUAAUACAAGAACACAAGACACUUUUUCACAGUUAAGCCAGGAAAAAAUCCUCAAAAUUAUGAACAUGGUGAAAAAUAAAGAAGUGAGCAUUGAAGGAGCUUUGCAUUUGGCACAGAAAGAGGUGUAUGCUGAAAAGGAUUCACAGGAUUUGCUAACUGGCUCACAAUUUAACUUCAUUAUCUACAAACACAAACACUAUCGGUGGCAGAAACGAAUUUUGCAGAUUGAUUUCAACACAAAGACCAUUUUUAACAUUGAAAAAGGAAUUAUUAAGAAACAGUUCCCUUUCUCACAAGUCAAAGCUUGUGAAGAUACUGAAAGGAGGCGCUUCAGCAUUGUGUUUCAUGGGCGACAAGAUUAUGAGCUGGAAGCAGUGUCUCUUGAUGAUAAAAGGAAGAUAACAUACCUUCUGAGCAGAGUUAUACAGAGCAAUUCGUGCAAGAGACCAGCAGAGUCCUGCUCUGGGAGAGCUGCAGAAUGUGACGUGAUACAUGAAGGACUCCUGGAUUUGCAGCAAAACACUUUUCCAUCCACCGAAUGGGUGAAGUACUUGGUACAACUACGUGAAGGAGAGUUGACUUUAUAUUGCAUAGGUCUGGGAGGAAAGAACAAGACUGCAGACCCUGUAACAAAUACAAUUAAUUUGUCAGGUGGUAAUGUGAGUGUCAGCAAGGAGAAUGGAUGCAGUACCUUCUCAGUCCAGACCAAAGAACACAAUUAUUUGUUUCGAAUACCCUUUACUGUCCAAAGGAACAGGGCAGAGGAUGUUGGCAAGCUCCAGAAUGAGUGGGUGUCUCUCAUAGAACGGUACUGUCAGCUGUGCGAGGGUGCCUCACUGCCUCAGGAGGGAUCUCAAGGAUGCACCUCCUCCGAAGCUGAUUACGAGGAUUUUACUGUACCUCUGAAUGAACAGAAAGAAGAGGCCCUCUACUUUGGUGUGAGUUCUGCAACAGCCAGUCUGAACAAGUCUUCGAGCCCCCAGACAAAGCCUGCGGAGGGGGAAGCAGCCCCAGCAUCACCAUCGCUUCCACUUGCCCUAAGUAAGGCGGAGGUACCGCCAGCCCCGCCUGUAUUCCCGCAGCCCCCCAGCCUCUCUCCAUCGACAAAGAGAACCAAAGCCUUUCACUGGGAUGUUGUUCCUUAUGAUAAGAUUCAAAAAUCUGUCUGGGGAUCAUGUGAUCCAUGCAAGAAAAAAAUAGAUGUAUCCAGACUCUGUGAUCAGUUCCAGAUCCAGGACGUGGCGGUAUUUUCGGGCAAUGAACCUUCAGCGAAUCAGCACAUCAUGUUAGAUCGAAAAGUCGCGCAUAACUUCAGUAAGUUUAUUAAUAAGGACUGUGUGUUCCUGUCUGGAAGCCUGGGAUACAUGCCAACACCAAAAGAUGCAGAAAGGUACCAGUCAUUCAAGGGGUCUCCUUCCCAGCUGCACGUGGUCGAUCAGUUUAUGCUAGAGAUGUGUAAAAUCCCCCACUUAGGCCAGAGGCUGGAUCUCCUGCUUACCAUACGUGAGCUCCCUGUGAGCAUGAGAGAUUUGGAGCCUCUAAUAAACCAGAAAAUCCAAGCGAGUAAGCAGCUGCAAUCCAGCCAGAAAUUUGUCGCUGUCUUGGAGUACAUUUUAGCCAUUGGGAACCAUUUAAACGAAAAGGCUGGAAAAGAGAAGGCUAAAGGAUUUCGAUUGUCAUCUUUGGCCAAAUUACCUCUGUUGCGGGGUAAGGAGAGGACAUUCACCUUGCUUCAUGCCCUUGUGGAACAGAUCUUCUUACAUGAGCCUGAUCUGGCCAAAUUUUCUCAGGAGUUGACAGAAUUUGAAGCUGUUCCUGAUGCUUCUAUGAAGGGCCUCAGUGCUGAAGUUGAUGUUUUAAAAAACGAAUUGGAAAACGUUAUUCAGUGCAAGCGGCUUAUUAAACCCAAAACAAUCAAGGCAAUGCCCCAGGAGUCACAGUUCUACAAGGAACUAAAGGAUUUAAUUCAGAAAUAUGAAGGGGAUCUAUCCCAGCUGUCAAAAAGAUGUGAUGAAAUGAAGAAGCUUUAUAGCAACAUACUGGUAAAAUUUGGGGAGCCGCAAGACCUGGACUCUCAGGAGCUCUUUGGAUGGAUAUCUUCAUUCAUUAGUGAGUUUAGGAAGGUCUGUGCUGAAGUCAUGCCACAAGGACAAGACAAAUCUUAUAAAGAG